UUCACUCCUACCAUUCGAACUCGACAGCCAAUAGCUCCCAACUCUAUCGCCGAAAAUUUGUUGACAGCCGGAAACUCAGGCGAAAAUCGAGCGAAAAAGUGGAGAGUAGAACGAAACAAAGCGCAACGACGACGGCUUGGCAGUAAAGCGGGCAUUCAGUCCGGAACGCUCAAGCAGGGAAGACGUGUUUCACGUAGCUUCUUCUGGGAAGAAACAAGUGUGCUCAAGUGCUCUGUAGUGUACCCAGCCAACAUUUGCUACACCAAAAGCGAGCCACCAUCGAAGUUCUACCAGCUGCUGUUACCGGACUUUUUCCCUACCGGAUUCCUUGCCUGUCCGUGGUUCGAGGAAACGUCAAACAACAUCCGAAAGGGAAAGCGCUCUUCCGUUGACGAGCGCAUCGCCGAAGUCGUGUCCACGUGGCCAGUGGGAAAGACCAGACAGAAACCGAUCUGUUCGAAGCCGGGGGUCUAGCCGCCAUUAAUCCGACCCGUUCCAGCUUUGCCGGGUUCUUCAUCUCGCUGGUGCCCAGGAACAAAGGGGAGGUAGCGCUUUUGCCGACACCUAGCGCGCCUUUCCAAGCAGCGACCACGUGGCCCGGAAAACCCUGCCUGGGAACUCUUCAGGCUUUCAAGGUUCGUUCUGAAGACACACGGGCCUCUGACCAGCACGGGGUUUGGCUGUCCCAGGAAUCCUGCAACAUCCAGCAACAUCUGUGGAGAUACCAGGCUUGGGACGACCGAGAAAGGACCAGACACGUGGCCUUGCAGGAGCACAGCUCUCUCUCUCCCCACCAUCUGCAAUCAACCAUCAAGCCAUUCAUCUCCAGCUGCGGGCCCGCCUCCAGGGCACAUUCACCAUGCUGCAUUCCAGGACCAGGACAUCAACGGCCGCACCGGUUCCCUUUCCUACUGUUGUAAUGUCUGUCCAAUAAACGUUUGAAAUGAAAAUACAUUUUUUCUAAAUUAGGUCCGAGAGCCCAUAUUGCCAGAGAGAAUUCUGCUGCCGUAUCUUUAUCCCAGUCCACCCCUGUUGUUGUUUCUCUGCUAGCUAGUGGAAGCCGACCCUGACAAAGUAGCCGCCUGAGCUAGUCGACACUUAUACUUGGCGAUCUGCGUAAAUAAAAAAUAUUCAAAUUUCAUUUGAAUAUUUUUACCCUAGCUAGGGGAGAUUCUCGACAACUGUCGUUUUCGCGAUAUUUAUGUUGUUUCCGUCUGAUUCAUAGGAUUGUUGGAAGCGUGUAGUCUGUUUAAAAAUUAUGGUAAAUGUUCAUCUCUAAAUUUGGUUAUUUUCAGACUUGUUUCGUAUAAUUUAAGAUCGAAUAUUCGUUCAAAAGGACCCUAAUUGAAAAAAAGGAAACAAUAUUUUGGGAUGUAUAAUAUUUUUUCAGCAGUGGUAUAUAACAAUUGACAUUUCACUGAGCUUUAUUAUUGGAUUUAAAGGUUACAACACAAACAGAUAAUUAACGGUUCCUUAAACCAGAUAGCAAUAAUGGCCCGAUCAGAUUCAGCAACAACGGUUUUAACCGAAAAUGAUUUAGGAACACGAUUUUUCGACCUCAGAGUUGAUCAUCUGGAAGAAGACGAACUAUCAUUCGAACUCGAAAUCAGAGGAAUUAAGUUUGGGGAAAGUGAUAACAUUGCGCGUAAAAGACGAUCGUUGCGGGAAAGAUUGAAGUUAGAGAGGGAAGAAAAUUCGGAAGAAAACAGAAUAUUUGAUAGAAACCCACAGAAAGAAAUCGAAAUUUGUGAAGCAAAACUAGUAACCAUCGAAGAAGUCUGUUACACAAAUGUGAAACGACUUCCCCCAAGACUUCGCUCAGUACUUCUACAUCUAGGCUGUCGAAUAGUGCUGUUGAAGAAAAAGGUAUCCGAUCAACACGAUCUUCAAUUCUUGGAGACGUUACAACAACGGGUUUUGUAUGUGUUAAACAAAUAUUAUUAUUGUAAUUGGAUGGGAGAAAAAGAGGAUGGGCCCGCGAAUGAAAUCGAUCUCGAAGAAUUCUUUGAAGAAGCUCCGGUUGCGUCAUCAGAUGUGCAACCGGUGUCGACCGUCCCAAUAAGAGAUGACGUGUUAGCGAUUCAGCACGAACAUUCUAGAGAAGAAGUUGAAGAAUUAGAUAUUGCUAAUUCUUUAGCCAGAUUAGGGUUGAUUGAUUCGGAAGACGUGGAUAAAAGAGGGUUUAGGAAUGCUUUAUUGAGUUUGGAACAGGAAUUGAUUGAAUUGAGAAAGUUUAAGGAAGCUCAGAUUAACACUCAACGUCCGGUUACGAAUGCUAAUGAGUACCAAUUAUCCGCCGCGACAUCAGCUAAUCGUACGGGAACAGUUCCCAAAUCAACGGUUCCUUCCUCGUUGCAGUCUGGAAUGACUCGGAAUAACGCGCGUUCGUAUUUAAACAAUCCGGAUUGUAAUCCCCGAAAUUCGUUUUUACAUAAUGAUUCGGAAAAUCUGUCGUAUCCCCAAAUCACUACAUACCGAUAUCCGGUUCCGGUUACGAAUCCCCCGAUUUUUACAACAGGCACUCGGCCCACUGUGUCCGUGAAUUAUAAUCCAUCGUGGUCGGGUUUACCAAGCGGUCCGAAUUAUUCUCCAGUACGGAAUACGUUCCCCAAGGAACAUCGAUACCAACAAGAUCCGAUUACGUCAACAGAAUUACCAUCCACUAUUUGGUCAAACGUGUCGGGAAUGGCCCAGCAAAGUUUUCGGGAACCGCGAUUCGACUACUUGAACCCUCGAGAAAACGAUACUUUCGUACCCUAUUCCUCUUAUUCGAAUCGGAAUGUUCCGUCCCAUAUGCCGGUAACCAAAUCUGAAACCAUUCGACAAUCAACGAACAAUGUUUACCCUUAUACUUCGGUUGGCUAUCGACAGCCGUUCCAAUCCGAAACUAUGCUUCAUGAGCCGCCGCGUGUCGAAUUCGCCUUACCCAAGAAUCUUCGGGAGCAAAAUGUUCCACAUUACUACCCUUUCGUACCUCAAGAACCCUCUCGAAAUGAUUUCGGUUAUCGACAUGAUUAUCAAGAUCCCAAUUUUCCAUCGCGUCAACCAACCGUAUCGUUUGAAGACCGUCGUGAAUAUGCGCAAGCUAAUUUCGAUCGAUAUUCAGAUAGAAAUAGACAAUUUGAGCGACACCGCGGUCGUUCCCAUAACUCACUUCCGGUUUCAAAAUGGGCGUUAGAAAAGUACGCGGGAAAUGAUCAAGGACUCAAACUGAACGAGUUCCUUACGCUGGUAUCGCAGUUGGCGUUAUCAGAAAGAAUAUCAGAGGACGAGCUGUUUGAUUCAGCCUUUCACCUUUUUACAGGCCCAGCGCUAAACUGGUAUAUGACCCUAAGGUCAGCCGGUCGCUUAUCAAGUUGGCAGCAUCUGAUUCAAGAGUUGCGCAACACGUUCGUGCAUCCCGAGCUGGAUUCAUUGCUACGAACUCGUAUCUAUCUUCGACGCCAACAACGUAACGAAACCUUUCAAGAUUUUUAUUUUGAAAUGGAGGGUAUGUUUCGUUCCAUGCUGCACCCCAUGAGUGACGAAGAAAAGCUUAACGUUAUUAAACGCAACAUGAGAGUCGAUUAUAAAAAGCUGAUUUUAUGGACCCCUAUCAACAAUUUAACAGAAUUAAGAGAAGCCGGACAUCGUAUAGAUGCUUCGAACUUUUCUUUAUAUCCUAAAUUCUUCGGUACAGAAAAGUCCAUCCUUGCCGUGAUGGAUACUAGGGAACAAACGCGUACCAACACUUCCACCGGAAAUAGACCUCCUAAUAGAUUUUCGAGUCAUAUCGGGGACUCCAGGGUUAAAGAGGGAAAGUCUCAAAUCAGGAUACCGGAAAAGAUCGAUAUCAGAACGUGA